GAGAGACCCCACAGAGAGCACUAAUCUUCUCAACCCUAACUCCGAUUUUUCUUUCACACCUCCCAAUCUCUCUUUCUUUCUCUCUGAUGAAAAGCGUCGGAAAAUGGGGAAAUACAUAAGAAAGAGCAAAAUCGAUGGAGGUGGAGGUGAAUCCUCUAUAGCUUUAAUGGAUGUUGUUUCACCUUCUUCUUCUUCUUCUUCACUUGGUGUUUUAACUCGAGCUAAAUCUCUAGCUCUCCAACAACAACAACAACAACAACGCCGUCUUCUUCAAAAGCCCUCUUCUUCGUCGUUACCACCGACUUCUCCUUCUCCUAAUCCACCGUCGAAACAGAAGAAUAAGAAGAAGCAGCAGAUGAACGAUUGUGGUUCGUAUAUUCAGCUACGGAGUCGUCGUCUUCAGAAGAAACCUCCAAUUGUUGUGAUUCGUUCUACUAAACGGAGGAAAGAGACAUGCGGGAGAAACCCUAACCCUAGUUCUAAUUUGGAUUCGAUUCGUGGCUCGAUUUGUGCUGAUGGGUCUAGGUCUGAUUCGGUUUCUGAGACUCUUGUCUUUGGUAAAGAUAAGGAAUUGGUUUGUGAAAUCAACAAAGAUCCUUCCUUUGGGCAAAAUUUCUUCGAGCUUGAAGAAGAUGAACCCACUCAAAGGACCACAAGGGAAUCCACACCAUGCAGUUUGAUAAGAAGGCCUGAAAUCAUCACAACCCCGGGAUCGUCUACAAAGCUUAACAUUUGUGUAAGUGAAAGCAACCAGAGAGAAGAGAGUUUGUCUCGCAGCCAUCGUCGCCUACCAACUACACCUGAAAUGGACGAGUUUUUCUCGGGUGCUGAAGAAGAACAACAGAAACAUUUCAUUGAGAAGUACAACUUUGAUCCUGUGAACGAACAACCACUACCAGGACGGUUUGAAUGGACGAAGGUAGAUGAUUAGAAACAACAAAAAAAUGGGGGGUUAAUAGUUAAUACAGAAUAUAUUAACAUUUUCCUGCUAAUUAUCGGUUUGAUCUUAUUACCAUCAUCCGUUUUCUUAACUUUUUCAACAUGUAAAGAGCUUAGGAGAAAAACCCAUGUAGUGUUUUUAAAUUGGUGUCUGUAUUAUAAGUGGCUGAAAAGGGUUUGUGUAACAGAACUUGAUACCAAUCCUUUUUAAGCCUAAACAGAUCACCUUAGUAGUAGUACUAAAGCCAUAAGAGGAGGUUUUUAGAAGUAACCCAAAGUCUGUUUAGGGUUUAGCGUUUAGGGUUUAGAGUUCUUUCGGUUUAAUGGUCAGUGUUUUCUAUUAUAAAAUCCGGUACAGGGGGGACUCUGCAUUCUCUUAUAACUCUUUGUCCUGUAACCAUUUUAAAAUCUAUCCUUUUAUGUGUAUACAUGUACUGAUCUCAAACUCUUUGCAAUAAAGACUUAUCCUUCUCUCUU